AUGCCAAAAGUUAAAUCUGACAAGAAGCCCUCGAGCAUCGUUACCAAUCUUAACAAUACCAGCCCUACCGUCAUCAAUUACCCUCCUCUUCAACCCGCACCUCCGAUCACCUUGGUAUCUCCUACCAAAUCUGACUCGAUGUCUCUCGCUCAUCCUGGAGGCGCGUUGCUAUUUCAGAAGCAACGUUUUAAUGAAGAGGAGCAUGCGUUACUCCAAAACCCACCCUACCAGCUUACGCUUAGUCUUAGUGAACUUCUUUCUCCCGCUAGAAAAAAUCGCAAAAAUAAGUCCAAACCAGAGAAUAAAAUUCCUAGACCUCAAAAUGCUUGGGUUCUCUUUAGAAAAGACUACGAAGCCAAUCAACGCAUGCGUUUUCCCGAUAAGGCAUUAAAAAUGAAGAAUGUCUCUACCGAUGCCGGUGACGUUUGGAGAAAUCAACCGUCUAAAGUUAAACGAUUUUUUGAAAUUCUUUCUAGACUUGCACACGAACAACAUAAAGCGUUAUAUCCUGGUUACAAAUACACACCAAAGAAAAAGGUCCCAAAGGAAAGUAAUAAAGAUUGGAUAUUCCAUGAUAGCGUUAAGCAAGCGAACGAUGCUCAAGCUUUGGGAGGUAUCCCUGUUUCUAAUAAUACUGUCACAUCCGAUAUAGCCGUGCGACAAAUUGAAACACCUAUCAAGACAUCUACUCAUUACGAAUCAUCACCGUUAUUAUCACCAUUAUCAUCUACGACAUCCUCGAUAUCACCAAAUUGUUCAUCCCCAAUAUUCAUAAAUUCGCCUACUUCUCCUGUCGAUAGUUUCGUCACUCCGUCACCUUGCGACGUGGGAUUUUUAUUUUCUUCUACGCCUCAACCUUUUCCACACGGCGAUUACGCCAACGAUCUUACCGUCGACGCAGGUCCGUCAACUUUCGGUAGUACACCAGGCGGUGAUGAUCUCUUUAUUCUUGGAGGGUAUGAUUUUAGAAACGCCGACUAUGAAACUUUUCAACAACUCAUUCAACUCGCACAAUCCGUCCUCGACAGCUCGCCGACCAUUUACAGGAAAGAAACCGAACUUGUCACAGAAGAUAACAAUAACACUACUCAGGGCCUU